AUGGCUUGUACCAAACAGAUAGCCUGGAAGUCCACCGUCUGCAAAGUUCCCAGGAAGCAGCUGGCCACCAAGGCAUCCCGGAAAUGUGCCCCCUCCAUUGGCGAAGUGAAGAAACCUCAUCGCUACAGGCCGAGAACAGUCGUGUUCCAAGAAAUCUGCCGAUGCCAGUAUUCCACAGAGUUGCUUAUCCGCAAACUGUCCGUCCAGCGCCUGGUGAGGGAAAUUGCCCAGGGCUUCGAAACUGAGCUGAUGUUUCAGAGUGCGUCAGUUGGAGCUUUGCAGGAAGCCAUUGAGACCUACUUGGUUGGCCUGUUUGAGGACACCAACUCGUGUGCCAUCCAUGCCAAAAGAUUGAACGUAAUGUCCAAAGACACUCAGCUGGUACAACGGAUCUGGGAGCAGCGUGCUGAAACUCUUUGCUUCAUUACAUUAGCUGCAGACUAUUUUGAAGUGACAUUUAAACAUUUUCUAAAAAAUACCUGGACUGUGGGACCCAAAAUAAACAUAAGUAUCUUUAAAAAAAUGAAAUGCUCGGAGUUUGACCUAUACAUGCACGUCUAA